AAUUGCAUUCUAGCAAAUAGAUCGAGAGAGACCAGGUCUAGAUCUAUCAGAGACUCAAGUAGAUCUAUCUACACUAACAAUGAUUGUCAGAAGUUGCCUUGCGGUUUUGAUAGUGCUGGCAGCAUGCUUGUUAGUUGAAACCGCUGUGUUGCCGGGAACAUGCAAUGCAGCCACAUGGUCACCUAAGAGCAGUGAAGCUGAAGAGAAGGUUGAGAUAGCUACCCUGAGAUGUUCCCUGGGAUGCCAGAUUGUGGUGGUGCCUGAGGAUAGUGAGAGGCUGUGUUUGGAAGGAUGCUUAGUGCACUCACUUAAUGAAUCACUGUCCCUGCCCGACUGUCAUCAACAUUGUUUGGAUUUGAAUGCCUCUCCUCUCUGUACAUCUGGCUGCAACAUCUCAGCAGCGUUUAUCCGCACCAGAGCUGAGCUCAAUACCACCACUGAAGAUGAGUUACCCACUAACAGUGAUUUAGUUACAAGCGGUGGAGAAGCCAUGGUCUGUUCAUCGAAAGAUGGUCGUGAGCUCUUAAACGAAGAGAGAGCUUUCAUCAGUGGGCAGGAAACAUGCAUAGUGGAGACUUGCACAAAUGGGAGUCUGGACCACUCAUCCUUAAGCUGUUCUGCUGUCCAAAGGAAGUGCUGUGUUAGUGGGGAGGUCAGCAAUCUCAUUGCCGAGUGCUGUGGUUUUUGUGGAGGCCUUCCAGUUCACCCCACAUCUCCACCAAGGUACACCUUCAACAACAACACUCUCGUGAUCUCCCUUCCGCCCGCUCUCUCCUCGUUCAUGACAGCUGCUCAGAGUGUACUGCUCAGAGUCAGAGGGGAGACGACUGUCAUGCUACUACCACUGCUCAAACCAUCAGCUACUACUGUCUCAGUGGAUGUUAAUCCUUCGGCUUGUACCAAGCUGGUCAUCGACUAUGCUGCAGUCAACCUCAGAGCAGUGUCCAACUUCUCAGCACCAAUAACAUUCACUGUGGUUCCUAGUCAAGUGGAGAAUUUAACGGUUUCAUUUAGCGAGGACCCCUCCCUUCUACAGCACACCAUCCUGCAAUUGUCAUGGACACCUCCACGAGUGCGACCUCACAUGGUGUCUGGAUAUCGAGUGAGCUUUGAACCCACGGCCGACUCCCCCACCUUCUGCCAACAGCGAAGCAACUACACAAAAAUCCUAAAAAGUGAUGAUCUCUCUCUCUUAUUGUCUGCUAAUAACACUGAUGUUGAGUUAUUGCCUCUCUACGACUGCAACUACACCUUGAACGUGGCCACACUUCCCGGAGGAGCUUCACUUUCAAAGGAUGUUCAGAUAGAAUAUAGGAACGAGGAUAAAAAACCCAUCAAUGUAACCUGUACGGCAAAGUACAGACCGGAGACUGUUACCUAUGACAUCAGCGUUGACUGGACAAUAGAUGCACUAGCAGCUGCUGCAGUAUCCAAGUACAUAGUGCAAAUGUUAUUCAAUAAUGAAAGAUCAUUUUCUUUUAACCGAACAGAGGUUAAGGAGCAACAAACAGUUACCAUUACUGGUAUACAGAUCUCAGAAACAGUUGGCUAUUAUGCUACGCUGGAACCAGUCCGCAGCAGCAAAUCUUUCUUCUGGCGCAAAAAACUUCUUCCUCUCAACUUUAAAAACUAUCCAAACUGCUCUGUCAUAUUCGUACGUCCCCACCCACCAUCUCCCAUCCAAAACCUAACAGUAUCAGAACUAACACACCAGUAUGCUGACGGAGAUGGGAUAAUAGUGUCCAUGGUCGCAGGAUGGAGUGGACCAGAGUUUAGCAACGGUAUGUUAAAAGAGAUUGAGCUGAGAUUGGCAAGAUGUGUGGAUGGACGAUUUGUGGAGAAAAUAAGGAGUAGGAAGUUGCUGGAUUCACUCGCAAGGAAACAAUUCAAGUUUCGGGAUGUACUUGUACUUUUGAGCGAUUCCACGAACCUCUGUCUUCAGGCUCGCUCCAGAAACCAGUAUGCGACCAGUUCAUGGAGCACCCCCCUUUCCAUACCCUCACUGUCAGUGUCACUGACUCCAGCCCCUAGUAUGACCACGCCUCCUCCCCCUCAAUUACCUCUCUAUGGCAGUGUGCUCAUUGGAGUGAGUGUGGUCGUGAUACUGGCCGCUGUGGCUGUACCUCUACUGAUACUCUGGCUUUGUCUCAGGAACAGGGCUGUUAAAUACGGUGAUCGCUAUUUUUCCACAGUGCCACACAAGAACUCUAGUAUCAAGAACACUUUUGGCCAGCAUCGCUCGUCCAUUAGCAGCAAUUGCAGUCAAAUUCUUCACAUUAAUAUUCUUCCCACCCCCCCUCUCGUCACAGACGACUGGGAGAUCCCCUAUGAUGACCUUCAAGUGUUUUACUCUCAGCCUCUCGGCAAGGGGGCUUUUGGGGAGGUCUUUAAAGGUCUUGUAAGAAGUCAAGCAAUGAAGUCUGGAGUGAAAAGAUUGCCCAAGUUCUCUCUGAAUUGCACGGUGGCAGUUAAGAAACUAAAAGACAAUGCCGCUUUCUCGGAGAAGCUCUCCUUCCUCAAAGAGAUAGACAUGAUGAAGAGAGUCACUAACUCUGAAAAUGAGUAUAGUUGCUUUGUGGUGAAUAUGGUUGGCUGUGUGACAGCCAGAGAGCCGUUCCUACUGGUACUUGAGUAUGUGAGACAUGGUGACUUGUUGAAAUACCUCAGAGCCAUGAAAGCCAAGCUUAGGAAUACACAGAUUGCAUCUCCUUAUCUGGAGCCCCAGGGUGCGUACUCCACGUUGAGCCCUAAGGAUAUUUACGAGGACUUGGAGUUACUGGAGGAUAAGGAUCUGCUCGAGUUCUCACGGCAAAUAGCAGCUGGAAUGGAAUACCUCUCCAGUCUAGACAUCAUUCAUCGAGACUUGGCCUGUCGCAACAUCCUAGUGGGAGAUAACAAAAACCUCAAGAUCUCUGACUUUGGAAUGUCUCGUCAUUUACCCAACGAGGAAGCGUACGUGCUCACGUCUCAAGGACAGUUGCCACUGAGAUGGAUGGCACUGGAGACGUUAUUUCAGCGGGAAUUCAACACAUCCUCAGAUGUGUGGUCCUAUGGAGUGGUUCUCUGGGAGAUUAGCACUAUGGGUGACCUUCCGUACCCGGUGUACACCAACACAGAGGUGGUGCAGCAGCUGAGGAGAGGUCACAGGAUGCCCAAACCUCACAAAUGCUCCCCUGAAGUUUACGAGGUGAUGCUUCACUGCUGGUGUGAGAAUGGAGGGGACCGGCCGUCAUUCUCUGAACUGAGACAGAGGUUCGACCACUUCCUCAGUCUGCAUGUGCAAGAGCAUCAUCCUUACAUUGAGAUACCUGACCAGCCUUACCAGUUUGACCGGUUGGCACCUGAGACGGGGCAGGUGGGACGCAACAGUUUCCUUGAUGAGGGGGACAGUCCUCUUAAUCUGGAGCAGCUGGGCGGAGUCAACGAAGGAGAAGUUCAAAAGAGAAAUAAUACCCGUGGAAUCGUACUGAGCCGCUCCAUGGAGCUACUGAGUCCUCCGCCCACCCACCACCACUCCCAUACGUCCCUUGACGAGAACACCGCCCGGUACACCCGUUCUCCAAGUAGUAACCUCCUCACCCCUGACCUAUCUAUCGAGGGAGACCUAAUGCAACAAUUGGACAGAAGGCUGUCAUUUAUCAGUGUGAGCAGACUGCAAGCAAAGCUAUCAGAAGCUAAGAGAAACGAAACUAAACAAGAAACCGUACUGGAGUUUAGUCCAUCCCCUAGUAAUGAUGAUGUUGAUAUCGAUCUAUUGGCAGCUUCAAAACUUGAGGAACGUUCACAGUCAAAUAGAGAAAAUGAACACAAUAUUGAAAUACCUCAAGAGGAAAAUAAACGCCCUCUUAAAGAAAAUCUAUUGUCUAAACACAUGCAGGAGGGUGAGGAUGAGUAUGAUGAAGAGAAUCAAGGGUCUGAGAAACGGUUUUCAAGGAGAGAGAGUUUGUUGGAGCGCAAGAAAAGAGACUAUUUCAAGUUCACCCUCAUACCUACUUGUGGUGUCCAAUUCAAUGAGAGCAGUGACUCUGCUCAUGGGAAAAAUGAAGUGCUCAUCUAAUUACAUUCACGGAACUAUAAAAGAACAUGCACAAUGUUAUGUAUGCGAUCAACUCUUUCAACAGCCAGUGGAUUUUUAUCUCGUGUAUAUAACUGUAUAAUUUUACAUGUAUAUAUCUUUUUAUUGAUCAUUACAGUCAUAAUAAUUAUUGAUUG